GCCUCCUGGAGUCACCACGUGGGUGUUUGGAGUGUAAUCGGGAAGGAAGAAUCUCCUGUGAUAAUGGGUGGCGUGGAAAAAAAGAAGUAUCAGCGAGGCUCUGCCACCAACUACAUCACCAGAAACAAAGCCCGGAAGAAAUUGCAGCUGAGCCUUGCAGAUUUCAGGCGACUGUGCAUCCUAAAAGGGAUUUACCCUCAUGAGCCCAAACACAAGAAGAAAGUGAACAAAGGCUCCACGGCUGCCCGGACUUUCUACCUCCUCAAAGACAUUAAAUUCCUCUUUCACGAGCCAAUUGUUAACAAGUUCCGGGAAUAUAAGGUGUUUGUCCGCAAGUUGCGCAAGGCAUAUGGCAAGAGUGAGUGGAACUCUGUGGAACGCCUGAAAGACAACAAGCCUGGCUAUAGACUGGACCACAUUGUCAAGGAGAGAUACCCCACUUUCAUUGAUGCUGUGCGGGACCUGGACGAUGGCCUCUCCAUGUGCUUCCUCUUUUCAACUUUUCCUCGCACGGGCAAGUGCCAUGUUCAGACGAUCCAGCUUUGCCGCCGACUCACCGUGGAGUUCCUCAACUACAUCAUUGCUGCACGUGCCCUGCGCAAGGUGUUCCUGUCCAUCAAGGGCAUUUACUACCAGGCUGAAGUGAUGGGACAGCUUGUCACCUGGAUAACACCUUAUGCCUUUUCCCACAAUCACCCAACAGACGUGGAUUACAGGGUGAUGGCCACUUUCACCGAAUUCUAUACCACACUCCUUGGCUUUGUCAACUUUCGCCUCUACCAGUCCCUCAACCUGCACUACCCACCAAAGAUUGAAGGCCAAGCUGCAGUUGAGCUCAAGCCAGAGGAAGGGGAGCCAUAUGCCUUGGAUUCUGAGAGCUACAUGGAGAAACUCUCCGCUCUUAGUGCCAGUCUGGCCCGAGUGGUUGCUCCAAAUCCAGAGGAUGAGGCAAAAGUGGACGAGUUUCCUGUGGAGGGGGAGAGCACAGAGCAAGAGGAGGCUCGGCAAAAGGAACAGGAGGCCCUGGAGAAGCAGAAGAAGCUCUUUGAAGGGUUGCGCUUCUUUCUGAACAGGGAGGUGCCUCGAGAGCCACUGGCUUUUGUUAUCCGGUGCUUUGGGGGCGAAGUGUCAUGGGACAAGUCUGUUUGCAUUGGUGCUACAUAUGAUGUGACAGACCCAGCCAUCACUCACCAAAUAGUUGACCGGCCUAAUAUCGGAAAACAGGUCAUUGGCAGGUAUUACAUCCAGCCACAGUGGGUCUUCGACUCAGUGAACGCCAGGAUGUGCCUCCCCGUGGCAGACUAUUUUGUUGGUGUAAUGCUCCCUCCUCACCUCUCCCCAUUUGUUACGGAGAAGGAAGGGGACUACAUACCUCCAGAGAAGAUGAAACUACUUGCCCUGCAGAGAGGCGAGGAACCAGAAGGAGACAGCGAGGAGGAGGAAGAUGAUGAUGAAGAGGCAUCAGAAGGCUCUGAAGCAGAGGAGGAUUCCGAUAAAGAAGAUGAGGGACGACUGAAGAAGAUGGAAGCCCAGAGGUCUCAGAGCAAGAAUCUCCCAGUGAAAGUGACAGCAGGCAAAGUCCUUAAAGAAGACAAGCACCGGUUGGCAGAAGAGCAGCAGAGUGAGGAGAAACGCCUGGCCAUCAUGAUGAUGAAGAAACGCGAGAAAUACCUCUACCAAAAGAUCAUGUUUGGGAAGAAGCGAAAGAUCCGCGAGGCGAACAAGCUGGCAGAGAAACGCAAAGCUCAUGAUGCAGAAGCAAAACUGGGGAAGAAGAGAAACAAGAAGGCAAGACGCGAGUGAUGCAGGCCCUUCCUCUCAGCUAGUCUUCAUCUUAUGCGAGCCUUUAAAGAUGGAUGCUGUGGGCCUAGAGAUGGUCGCCUCAUCUUGUGGAGGGAAACCUGGAAGUCCUCUGGCCUUCUGACUUCCUCCUUCCAACAUGUUUCUUCAAGCCAAAGCCAUGGCUCCGUGGGCUUCUUGGUAUAACAUCUGCUUUAUUUAAACUGAAUCUGAAUUCUCUUCAAAAAUUUUCAGCAUCCCUUUAUGCAAAGGCUGCUGUGGAACAGCAGCUUAACCAGUUGGGGCAGACUUGUUGCUCUUUGAGAAAAGUGGCCUCCUUUUCAUGGCAAUAAUAGCCCGGGGCAGCUGAGAGUGGAUGAAGCUCUUCUGGCCCCAGGCACGGAGAAUAACUACGCUAAAGCAAACAAAGCCACGGAAGAGAGCAUCCCUUAUUUUUAGAUGUCACUGUCUUGCAGUGAGUAUAUAAGAACAUUGUGUCAGAGAAUAGAAUACCUUGGAACUGUUUCUGCAUUUUGUAAAUAAAUCCAGUU